UACAGCACUAUAUACUGUAUACUAUUCAGGUACAACAUGGAGUUAGAACAGCCAGAUCUCAUUAUCACUAAGAGACCAGCUAAAAGCAGAGAUACUGUAGACCAGUGAUCCAUGAACCUAGAAAGGUCUCAUUAUCACUAAGAGACCAGUUAAAAGCAGAGAUACUGUAGACCAGUGAUCCAUGAACCUAGAAAGGUCUCAUUAUCACUAAGAGACCAGUUAACAGCAGAGAUACUGAGGCUAGGGGCCUUAGAUCUCCUAGACAAAGUAUCAGAGCCUACUGAAUGGGUCCACUCACUAGUAAUGGUGGAGAAGAAGACGACUCUCUCAGACUGUGUAUGGAUCCAACAGAGAUAAACAAGCAUGUAAAAAGGGAACCCUUCCUGCUGCCGACCAGAGGGGAGAUAUUCAGGGACAUAACAGGGGAGAAAUACUACUCAAAGCUAGACGCCUCAUCAGGGUUUUGGCAGAUCAGUCUAGACAAGGAGAGGACAAGGCUUUCUACUUUCAAUACUCCUUCUGGUAGGUUCUCAUUUAAAAGGCUCCCGUUUGGUCUCACUUCAGCACCACAAGUCUUUCAUAGGACAGUCCAACAGAUAUUUGAGAGUGUGCCAGGCACCACAGUGUCCAUUGAUGAUGUGUUAAUAUGGAGUCAGACUGUGGAAGAACACAACACCAGGUUGAAAACAGCACUUGAUCUAAUCAGAGAUAACGGACUAAAGAGAAACACAGACAAAUGCCAAUUCAGAAAGACACAAAUCACCUUCUUGGGUGAUAAACUAACAUGUGAAGAUGUUCAGAUAGACCAGAGCAAAGUGACGCCCAUCAAGAACAUGCCACCUCCUACCGAUCAAGAGGGUGUACAAAGGUUCUUAGAUAUGGUUAACUAUGUGGGUCAAUGUGUAACUAGUCUGUCAACUCCCACGAGUCAGAUGAGAAGUGUACUGUGUAAAACUACAGACUGGUGUUGGAACAGUAAUCAGCAGAAAGAGUUGGAGCAGCUCAAGGCAUUGAUCAUGUAUGAUCCAGUACUGAGGUUCUGUGAUGCUCAACACCAACAUCUCAGCAGAUGCCUCUAAAGCAGGUUUAGGUGCUGUGUUGUUACAGCAGUAUGAUACUAGGUGGUGUCCAGAUGCCUCUAAAGCAGGUUUAGGUGCUGUGUUGUUACAGCAGUAUGAUACUAGGUGGUGUCCAGAUGCCUCUAAAGCAGGUUUAGGUGCUGUGUUGUUACAGCAGUAUGAUACUAGGUGGUGUCCAGAUGCCUCUAAAGCAGGUUUAGGUGCUGUGUUGUUACAGCAGUAUGAUACUAGGUGGUGUCCAGAUGCCUCUAAAGCAGGUUUAGGUGCUGUGUUGUUACAGCAGUAUGAUACUAGGUGGUGUCCAGAUGCCUCUAAAGCAGGUUUAGGUGCUGUGUUGUUACAGCAGUAUGAUACUAGGUGGUGUCCAGAUGCCUCUAAAGCAGGUUUAGGUGCUGUGUUGUUACAGCAGUAUGAUACUAGGUGGUGUCCAGAUGCCUCUAAAGCAGGUUUAGGUGCUGUGUUGUUACAGCAGUAUGAUACUAGGUGGUGUCCAGAUGCCUCUAAAGCAGGUUUAGGUGCUGUGUUGUUACAGCAGUAUGACACUAGAUGAAGCCCAGUCACAUAUUACUCCGGGGCUCUGACAACUUCUGAGUUGUACUUUGAUCAGUUUGACAAAGAGGCAUUGACACUGUCAUAUACAUGUGAUAAAUUCCAUGUGUUUAUCUCUGGUAAAACAGUGUGGGCAGAAACAGAUGAUAAACCUCUGGUUACUAUUGUAAAGAAGGUCUAACAUUCACACCGCCAAGGCUACAGAGACUGUUUCUAAAACUACACAAAUAUGACUUGCAACUGGAGUACAGACCAGGGAAAGAAUUGUCAAUACAGGGAUGAGAUGUCUGUACUGGAGGGAGUUGACCUAUACCCUGAUAUCUGUACUCAGAACCAUAACAUGCAGGUGGUCUGUACAAGCUAUACCCUUAUGGUCAAUACAGGGAUGAGAUGUCUGUACUGGAGGGAGUUGACCUAUACCCUGAUAUCUGUACUCAGAACCAUAACAUGCAGGUGGUCUGUACAAGCUAUACCCUUAUGGUUGAUUGUCUGUUUAAGGGUUCAUGAAUUACAGAAAAACAUGCUGAUCAAAAUACACCAGGACCAUCUAGGGAUGGAAAAGUCAAAACGACGUCCAGAAGCAGUGUUAUUCUGGCCCAAGAUGAAUGGUGAUACAGAGCAGACAGUCAGAGCCUGUGGAACAUGCCAGAAAUACAGGUCAAAACAGAGCAAAGUGUGAGGACAGACGCUGGGAGACGAGAAGCAAGGGAGUGUAACAUUUAAUAAUAAAACAGACAGGAACAAAACACCGACAGCGUCUGGACAACGGAAACACCUCAACAUUACUGGUGACACGGGGAUCAACCUGAGGAACAGACAGAUAUAGGAGAGGUAAUUAAACAGUGAUGAAGAGGGACACCCACCUGGGUGAGCCUGACGGGCUGGCCGAGAUGCGGGAUCCUGUCAAGCCGGCUGAGGCCAGGGAGCAUGAUGAGCCGGCUGAGGCCAGGGAGCAUGAUGAGCCGGCUGAGGCCAGGGAGCAUGAUGAGCCGGCUGAGGCCAGGGAGCAUGAUGAGCCGGCUGAGGCCAGGGAGCAUGAUGAGCCGGCUGAGGCCAGGGAGCAUGAUGAGCCAGCUGAGGCCAGGGAGCAUGAUGAGCCAGCUGAGGCAUGACUUGGUUUCAGAGCCAAUUUGUUUAUUUUUAUUUGACCCUUAUUUAACCAGGUGUGACAUUGACACUGUGUUGCUUUGAUGAAGAAGAUCCAAAACUCUUUAACAUUUAAUAUCGUUGAAGGAAAUAAGCUGAAGUUCAUCCUGAACUUUCCACAGGAACAGAGUGACACAGACUCAGAUUUACACUUUAAAAUGUCAAACACAAUGAGGGUUUGUCAUUCUCUUACUGAAAUGUGUAUCUGCUCUGUUCUUCAAGUCAAUGUGUUUUUGUUCAUGUGUUUUUGUAUAUUGUUAAAAGUUGUCCUUGUGCAUAGAGUUGUAAAGUUUGUUUAACUUUGCAAUGAUUGUGGUUUGCUUGACAGACAUUUUCAAGUUAAAAAUCUGAUUCUCAAUGUCACUCUGUUACCAUGGAAAUGACUAACUUCAGUUUUACAUUCCUAGGACUGAGAGCUCCUUCACCCAGGUGUGAUUGUACAUAGAGAGAGAGAGAGAGAUACACUCACUCCCUAUGUGUCUGUGUGCACUCAGGAAGACCUCAGCCUCCAGACCCAGAUUGUAGACCAUCACAUGAAGCACCCAGAGACACAGGUCCUUACAGCCUCCAGACCCAGACU